AUGCCCACUGCCACCUCCUCAGAAGAUGCAGAGCGGCUCUUCCUGCUCUCACGGCGUCAGGAGGAGCUCAAUGGAGAGCUGGACCAGGCGCCCACCACGUGUGUAUGUAACAUAGACUGCAGUGGAUACAGUUUUAAUCCUGUAUGUGCUUCUGAUGGAAGUUCCUAUAACAAUCCCUGCUUUGUUAGAGAAGCAUCAUGUCUGAGGCAAGAGCAGAUCGACAUCAGGCAUCUUGGACACUGCUCAGAAACAGAUGACACAAAUGCUGUUGGAAAGAAAGACGAUGGCAUGCAGUAUCGGCCAGAGGUGAAAGAUGCCAGUGAUCAAAGAGAAGACAUUUACAUUGGAAACCACAUACCUUGUUCAGAAAGCUUCAAUGGAUACUGUAUACAUGGGAAAUGUGAAUUCAUUUAUUCCACUCAGAAGGCUUCCUGCCGGUGUGAAUCAGGAUAUACUGGACAGCACUGUGAAAAGACAGACUUUAGUAUUCUUUAUGUUGUCCCAAGUAGACAAAAGCUUACGCAUGUCCUUAUUGCAGCAAUAAUUGGAGCUGUACAGAUUGCCAUUAUAGUUGCAAUUGUCAUGUGCAUAACAAGAAAAUGCCCCAAAAACAAUAGAGGACGUCGGCAGAAGCAAAACCUAGGCCAUUUUACUUCAGAUACAUCAUCCAGAAUGGUUUAACUUAGUGAUUUUUAUACCUACAUUGACCAUGUGAUGUACAUUUUUAUUAUAUCUUUUUUUAAAGAAUGGAAAUAUUUAUUUCAGAGGCCUUAUUUUUGAACAUUUUUAGUGUAACAAUGUUGGUCUGUAUUCUGAAAGCAUCAGCUCUAACAGCUAUGGACUGUUUUAGUAACUUUACUUUUAUGUUUUUGAAUACAGUAGUUAAUUUUCUGUAUCUGUAUCACAUGGUUAUAUAAUAGACUUGUGCUUUAUUCAUGGAAUGUAAUAUUUUUGGGAACACAGAUUUAUUCCACCAAUGGUUGUAGAUUUCAAAAAAAAAAAACCAACAACAAACCAACAAAAAAGUCCACAUUACCUAGCGAACAAGGCAUGAACUAAAGGUAAAAAUGUUUACAGCUUACUUUUCUUAUGAGAAACUAGAAAACACUGUGUUUAAAUACCGUAGAUAUUUAAAUGUUUUUGGAAGUUAGUAACUGAUUUUUUAGACACUGCCUAUCGCAUGAACUGUGAAGCUGUGUGCUGUGUGUAGUUGUAACAUAUUUAUAAAACGUGUGGGCUGGGUCUAAGCACUGCCAUCUUCAUAAAUAAUUCCAACAAUUUAUUUUUAAAGAGAACAAUUAUAAAUUUCAUAAUUUGGGAAGUUACCUGGUAGAGCAGAUGGCACAGGUCCAAAAGAAGUAGGUCUUAGUAGAUUUAGGUAUUGUAAAAAUUGGUGUUGAAUAAUUGAACACAAAUAAUUGGAAUAAAGCCUACUUUAUCACUGUUAAAGCUGUUUUAAUACUUCUUAAACUUUUUUAAAGAAAAUACAUGUUUUAACACCUACAAUAUGGAUUGUAUAGUGUUUGUGAUUAAAAUAAAAAAAAUAAUAAUAAAAGUGAAUGAAUUACUAGUGCUCUUGUAUAGAGUAUUUUCAAGAGCUAAAGAAGUCCAUCCAAAUUAGUCUGCUGGUCAUAGUUAUAUUAAUAGACUGUUAGUUGUCGUUUGAGAGAUCCCAAGAUAAAGUGUGAAUAGGAUGUGUUCAGCUGUUUUAACAUGUAGUUUAGGCUUUCAAAAUUUUGCAUGUAGGAUUUAAUAAUUUGUUCAAUAAAAAAAAAAAAAUGCUUUCAACAUUUUGAACUGGAAAAGCAUGUCACAAUACAACGUUUUCACUAUA